CCAGAUGUUGUUCAUUGUGAUUUGAAGCCAAGCAACAUCCUGCUAGAUGAAGAUAUGGCUGCACAUGUCUGUGAUUUCAGUAUUUCCAAAAUCUUCGGCAAUGGGGAAACUAUGAUUCAAACCAACACUUUGGCCACAAUUGGUUAUAUGGCACCAGAAUAUGGAGAGAAAGGAAUAGUGUCUACAAGUGGUGAUGUCUACAGUUUCGGCAUAAUUUUGCUUGAAACAUUCACAGGGAAAAAACCAACUGAUGAUAUCUUUGGGGAAGAAUUGAACUUGAAGCAGUGGGUUAGCAAAUCUAUAGAGGCGAACUCAGUUAUGAAAGUCGUUGACAGAAACUUAAUUAAGAAAGAUCAGAACUUCUAUCCGAUGGAGCAGUGUCUGCUGUCUAUUCUUCGUGUUGGACUACUCUGUCUCAGCGAUUUACCCCAGGAGAGAAUCAACAUGAGGAACAUUGUGGCCAGACUAGAAAAUAUUGAAGUCCCACUAGUUAAAUAA